AGCCAGGGGUUGUCGUUGUAUGUCAAACUAUACGAAGAGAUAAGGGAGUGACUUUCAGGCUUUCAUCAGUGCACACUGUCUAGGCACGGACUUUCUGACGACUAACCUGGGGCUGCACAUUGUCAUGACAGGAGCAAACGCGAGAAUAACCUGAGUGGAUUAUCACCUGUGGGUUCAUUUGAACGCAACGGCAGCGCUGUUUUCGUCAUAGACCCCCCAAAAAAUCAGACGGAAUAUUUCUAUUGACAGUUUCAGAGAUGAGAUGAGGCUCACCCAUGUCAAAUUUGGAUGUCUUCUGGCUUCUGUUUUUCUCUCUCUAACCUGGUUCACCGCUUAUAAUGGAAAUGACAAGGGUGAACCCCCCUACGACCCUAAGAUGAUCCAGCUGUAUGAUCGUCUGCUGGCUGCAGAGUCCAGGGGGGAGCUGGUGUACAGGGAGCUCAGCAGUCUGCUGACCAGCCUGAGGAACCUCACCACACCAAACAACAACUCCUCCACUAAUAUCACAGAAGGACUGAUAAAGAGAAGACUCGGUCUGCUUUCCUCCAGACUGACCAAUGCCUACCUCUACCUGCCCCACCUACGGGACCACGCAGACAGUCUGAAUCCUAACAUUGUCCUGGGACAGGGCCGGACUGGAGUGUCCCUGGUAUUGGGGAUCCCUACAGUGAAGCGUCAGAAGCAGAGCUACUUGGUUAGCACCCUGAACUCCCUCCUCUAUGACCUUUCACCUUCUGAACGAGAAGACACCGUCAUCAUCGUCUUUGUUGCAGAGAUGGAUGCAGAAUACGUCAACACCGUAGCAGAACUCAUAACGCAUAAUUUUCCUAAGGAUGUGCACUCAGGCCUGUUGGAGGUAGUGUCCCCUUCUCAGUACUUCUACCCCAACUUCCGCAGACUCAGGGAAACCUUUGGAGACUCCAAGGAUAGAGUCAAAUGGCGCACCAAGCAGAACUUGGACUACAGCUACCUGAUGCUCUACGCACAUGAGAAGGGAACCUAUUAUGUACAGUUGGAAGAUGACAUCGUGGCUAAGCCUGGUUACUCUCAGGCCAUGAAAACAUACGUCAGAUCACUGGCCUCGGAUGACUGGAUGUUCCUGGAGUUCUCUCAGCUCGGCUUCAUCGGCAAGAUGUUCCGAGCCCGUGAUCUACCAAUGAUAGCAGAGUUCUUUCUGAUGUUCCACAAAGACAAGCCCAUUGAUUGGCUGUUGGACCACAUUCUGUGGGUGAAGGCUUGCAACCCAGAAAAAGAUGAGAAAGACUGCAACCUGCAGAAGGGCCUGCUAAAGCCGAGAUAUAAACCCUCUCUGUUUCAACAUGUAGGCCUUCACUCCUCUCUGCCUGGGAAAGUACAGAAACUGAAAGAUAAGGACUUUGGGAAGGUGCCACUGUUUGCUGCCCACAGUAACCCUCCUGCAGAGCUGAGCAGUAGUCUGAAGCACUACCAGCAGCACACUCUGGAGAGGGCCUAUGAGGGCCAGGACUUCUUCUGGGGCCUGACCCCUACCGCUGAAGACUUCAUCCUGCUCAGCUUCGCGCAGCCACGCACUGUCACCGGGUACCUGUUUCGCAGUGGAAACAUUGAGAUCAACGGAGACAAGUUUUAUAACACCACCGUGGAGGUGCUCCCUAGUGAUAGCUCGGUGAGAGACAGACUGGUGGGUGGCCAGUCUCCUCAAUACGAAGGAUCUUACGGAGGCUUCAUAGUGAUUGGUUCCUUUGUGGAUGGGAUGGCUGAGGGACAGAUAGACGCACAGAUGCAGCCCAUCUCUGCUUUACGUCUGCUGGUACACAGCGACUCUAACGUGUGGGUUCUGCUCAGUGAGGAUCCUAUAACUAUGGAACUAGAGCCCUCUCCCCCAGGGUUGGAGGCUGAGUAUCGAACCAUCUUUACCGCAGGCUCCCUGGUCUUCCUACAGGAACUGGUCUCAACAUUUGAUGAAGAGGUUGACAAGAUCCUGAGGCUUAGAAUCUCCAGGAAGACCCACCUGGACCUGUCAGGUGACCUGCCAGGGUUCUGUGAGGUCACAGCCCCCGUAAGAAGCGACCCUACCUGGAGGGUCCGUCCAGUCCCCCAGAGGCUGCAGAGGAGACAUGUGGAUGUGGGGGACCUGGCCCCCUGUGACACCCAGCGCUUCAUUCAGGCCCUCAGCUCCCCUGCACAGGGCCUACAGAUUGAUUUUGAUGAUGGAAACUGCCCGACGUACCACAACCAGAUAAAAGGCAUUUAUAAUGUUUACCGGGCGGUGCAUAAUCAAUUUCCCAAUGCCCCCAAGAUAUCCCAGGCUCCUGUUCUGAUGCUCCGCCCUAGAGCCUGGAACAUGGUGGAACACAACAUGAUGGUUAAAGGCAAAGAGGUGCCAGGGCCGCUGUGUGACUUCGGCUUCCUCAUGUUCCACUGUGGCAAGCUGUUGUUUGACAGCGAGAGUGGGCCAUUUUUCUACCUCUCCAAAGUCGAGAGCUACCUGGAGGCGAGACUUUGGAACAACAUAUUCCUCUGGACAGAGCAGAAGCUGGGCCUGCCUGUGGGCAGCAUAAAGGCAACCGUGCUGAUAGAGAACGUGCUGUCAGCAUUUGAGAUGGAGGAGAUUCUGUAUGAGCUUAAGGAUCACUCCGCUGGACUCAACUGUGGGAUCUGGGAUUACUCCGCCUCCUUUGUCAACAAGUUCGGUCACCGAGGGGCCUUCCUGCUCCCUGACCGCAGUAAGUAUGUCAACAUGGAGAAGCUGUUCUUGCGGAGCUACAUGGACCUGCUGGUCCAGAUAUGUCACCGUAGAGGAGCACUGGCUACUGGGGGUAUGGCAGCCCUGCUGCUGCCUCAGGACAGGGACAGUGCCCCCUAUAGAGCAGCCUUGGCCAACGUCACCAGACUGAAGUUACUGGAGAUCAAAGCUGGUGUUGAUGGCUUCAUGGUGUAUGAUCUGGGCUUGAUAGAGCCCAUGCAGAAACUCUUCCAGCUGCAUUCUCAGGGUGACAACCAGAUGCACCAGCUUAGAGAUGACCUCACGGUUACCCCCGACGACCUGCUCUGUAUGCCAGCGGGUGGAGUAACCCUGUACGGCUUGAAGUAUAACAUCGCUGUAGGAAUCCUGUUCAUAGAUGCUUGGCUCAAAGGCAAAGGUCACUUCUUCUACAGGGGACAGGUGGAGGAUUCUGCAACUGCAGAAAUCUCCAGAUCCCAGGUGUGGCAGUGGAUCCGCCAUCAGACACAGCUGGAGGAUGAUAGCAGGGUGGUGACCCGGGGUCUGGUCACAAAGCUGACCCAGGAGGUCAUGGGGGAGCUGAAGGUCGUCACACGCUGUCACACUGUCAGGGAGGAACAGAGGUUGUUGACAGCUGCAGCCAUGUUCCUGGAGGUUGUCCAGAAGAGAGAUUUCCCAGAGUUCCUCACCACCUACCUCAACUUGGACCACACCUUCCUCAGCUCUCAAGCAAAAAGGCAUGAGGGUGGGGUAGUAGGGGACGUGCCCAGACCAAAACUCUGAAAGCCCUGUCCAACGUAGCAUGGUAUUUACACCCCUCAUAGUAUCUACGAUCAGUCGUGUCCUGUUCCCUCCUGGAGGCCAUGCCGGGACCUCUACCGCUGCACAACCUUGUGGCCGAGCAGAGGACUGCUUGAGCUCAGUAGCUGAUUCACCGAGUGCAUCGCCGCUACGCCUCCCCUGGGAAACAAGUGAUGUCUCCUUUUAAAAAGUUCCACCUUUUCAUUUUUGGCACAUGCCAGCUCACAGGUAGAUACCACAAUCCUCCAUCCCCACCACUACUACUACAAUUUAUAUUCUUUCAAUUUUUGCAAAUGUUUUAAAUUCUUUGUUUUUAAUAUAUAAAUUACCUUUAAAAACGUGAGAAGCAGAUGCACAUACAGGAGAAACACAGGCGUGAAAACACAGGAGUAAAAACCUGACUUAACGGCAGCCACCCUAACACUUUUCUUAUACAGUUUUAUUUUGUUCAGUUAAAGAAGAGAUGUCAACAGGGUUUAAAAAAAAUAAAAAAUAAAUUUGGAAAAUGCG